UCAUUUUCUCAUUAGUCUUUUCAAAUUAGAAAUACCAUGAGAAAUAGAUACUGAAGACUGUCAGGGAAAUCGUGGAUUAACUAUGAAAGAUAAAAUACAAUUUUCAGAAAAAGGUUGGAAGAGAGGAACAAAAAUGUGAUUACAUUUUAACGCAAAAAAAGUUAUUUAGAAUUAGUUUGGGUUUUUUUUCAGGCCUAACUCAUGCUAGGGGUGACUUCCUCAAAUAUCAUCUGUCUUCCCAGGAUUUACUGCAAGUUUAGGUUCUGUUUCAUAAAUACAAAAAUUUCUGCGUCCUGUUCCCCAUGAAGCAAAGACAAUUUAAUGUUAUGAUUGUUGGUUUUCAACAGAAUCAUAUAUGAAGUGUUACAGAUGUAAAACACCUUAGUUAAAAGCUGCUUUCUCCUUUAGCUGACACAAGGAACGAUUUUUCCUGCUCCAAAUUUUAACCCUGUUAUGGAUGCCCAGUUGCUAGGAGGAGCCCUACAGGGAAUCAGUUGUGAAAAAGAUGUGUUGAUUGAUAUCCUCACGCAGCGCUGCAAUUCACAGCGGCUUAUGAUUGCUGAGGCGUACAGAGACAUGUACGGCAGGGAUCUGAUAACGGACCUAAAGGAGAAUCUCUCUCAUCACCUGAAAGAAGUCAUGGUUGGCUUGAUGUAUCCACCUGCCUCCUAUGAUGCCCACGAGCUCUGGCAUGCCUUGAAGGGAGUAGACACAGAAGAAAAAUGCCUAAUUGAUAUAUUAGCCUCAAGAACAAAUAUCGAGAUCUUCCAGAUGAAAGAAGCCUACUUAAUGCAAUAUAAUAAUGAUCUUCAACAAGAUAUCGAUUCUGAGACUUCAGGCCACUUCAGAGAUACACUCAUAAACCUUGCUCAGGGAACAAGGAUGGAAGGUUAUGCAGAUCCUUCUACAGCUGCUCAGGAUGCAAUGAUUCUAUGGGAAGCAUGUCAGCGAAAAACAGGAGAACAUAAAAACAUGCUGCAAAUGAUUCUCUGCAACAAGAGUUACCAGCAGUUGUGGAUGGUUUUUCAGGAGUUCCAAAGUAUCUCUGGGCAAGACAUCGUAGAUGCCAUUAAUGAAUGUUAUGAUGGAUACUUUCAAGAAUUAUUGGUUGCAAUAGUUCUCUGUGUUCGUGACAAGCCUGCCUACUUUGCUUACAGGCUUCAUAAUGCAAUUCAUGAUUUUGGGUUUCACAAUAAAACAGUUAUAAGGAUUCUGAUUGCUAGGAGUGAGAUCGACCUGAUGACCAUACGACAGCGAUACAAAGAGAGAUAUGGGAAAUCACUCUUUCAUGACAUUAAACAUUUUGCUUCAGGGCAUUAUGAGAGUGCUUUACUUGCCAUAUGUGCUGGUGAUGCUGAAGAUUACUAAAGAAGAUGAACUUUGAAGACUGUAUAAAUCUAUUCUAAAUAGAAACUGAAGGUAUAUGUAACACACUAACUGUAAGAGACCCUAUUCUGUUUCUAAAAAAUGAGAACAGAGUAGUUCUGAUUUUUUUAAACAGAAAAAUCACUGCUAUACAUUUGCUAAUAUUAGAUCUUUCUUGAGACAGGAAAAAAUGUUGGCAGGAACAUGAUUCUUAUCUCUGGUUCUGAUGAAUAUUUGUUUCUAUGAUUAAUGUAAAUUAAUGAAGCAAGAAUUAAAAUAACUGCAUGUAA